AGCCUUGCACGAGAAUGGCAAACCUUGCGCCUGAAUGGCAAGUCCUUUAACAAGCGAGAAGGGAGCUGGGGAGGAAAACGGAGCGACGGGCGGAGAGAGAGAGGAGAGAAAAGUGAGGGGCAGGUGCUCUUCCUCUUUGUGACUCGUGACUGUGGAGGGUGGAGAGGCGACCAUCCCCUUCUCCUUGGAUUAAAACCCCACUCCCUCGCACCUCCGGCUCCGGGACCCCGACGAACGCCGAGGAAGCCACUGUGAGCUACUCUCAUUCUGCCCCCAAAUCCAGAGGAGACAAGAGGAAGGGGCAGAUCUAUGGGCAACUGCAAGAGUUCAUCUCGUGCACUCCUAGGAAAGGCCCAUGUUGUUCCGGAUCCAGAAUGGAGGAUUCCGGACUUCGGAAAGACCCAUGUUCCAGAUUUCGAAUGGAGGAUUGAUGACUUCUCAUCACUGCUUAAGACUGGAGCUAAGAGAGCAACAUCUGGCCCUUUUCACUGCUCUGGUUAUAACUGGGACCUGCAAGUGAGUCUAAUGCAUAAAGAAGCUGGUUCUGUAACUCCAUAUGCUGCUCUUCGUCUUGUGCCAUCCGAACUAAGCUUGGUGCCAGCUCACACAGUGCAUGCGGUGUUUGAGUUGUCAAUAUACAACCAUUCAAAAGGAAUGUACUAUGGAUGCAAAGCUAGCUACAGCUUUGAUUUCAAGAAUUUCUACUCGAAGGAGCAUUGCUUGAUUCCUCUUAAGAAGCUACUGAAAUCAUCUGCUUUUCUAGUUGAAGAUAGUUGUGUCUUUGCUGUGGAGAUAUUAAAAAUUGAUGCCUGCUCUCCGGAAAAGAAGGCUGUUGUGGUUCAGAAGAAGCCUACCACAGUUCAGAACCUCUUUGUCCAGGAGAAGGGGUUCGUCAAAGGGACAUACACUUGGAACAUGAACAAUUUCCUUGAACUGGACUUGGAUCACUCUGUCCGUUCUCCUACAUUUGAAGUUGGCGGGCAUAAAUGGUACAUCCGCAUGUACCCGCGUGGUGACUUGUACAGCACUGAUUGCCUCAGCUUGUACUUAUUCCUGGAUGCCUCGGAUGAGCUCCAUCUCGAGUCCAAGAAGGUGGCUGUAAUGACUCUGUCCAUCCUGAACCAAAAGAAUGGGAAACACUUGACUAAAAAUUCAGGUGGGGGCCGUUUUUCGCGUACGUGGCACUCCAGGCCGUCCCGACAGCCGUUAGACGGUGUUAGACGGCGCCGUUCGGUCCUAGCAGUCAAAAGCGCGAACCGUUACUCCUUCUCCACUCUGCUCGCUCGCUCUCUUCUCGCUCUCGCUCUGUUCUUGGUCGCCGCACCCGUCGCCGCCGCGCCGCCGCCGCAGCGCCAUGGUGUCGUGGAGUGAUGGGUCGGAUAGCAGCGAGCACACCAGGCAGUACAUGAGCUCAGAUUCCGACGACGGCACCAUUAAGGUUCCUGCUAGCACCGAAGACUCGGAUUUCGAGGGCCCUGAGACAGAUAUGUAUGUUUUGUGCCAUGGACACGGGAAGGCAGCAGAAAGGCGUGUUGCUUUCGAAGGGAUUCACACUGGCAGGAGGUUUCUUUGUUGUGCAGAGAAGGAAGGUAAAAACUGUGGACUAGUAGAAUGGAUUGAUCCAUCUUGGCCCACUACCCUUGAGAAUGCACUGUCCAAGUUGUGGUCUAUGUAUGAACAGAGUAAGAUGGACAGGAAUGAGGAAUGUCUGAUGCAUUCAUUUACUGUUCAUGACCUGACACAAGAGAAGAAGAAACUCCAGGCCAGCUAUGAGAAGUUGGUUGAAGAUGUCAAUGCACUUAUGGAUGCCCAGGAGCAGAGGGCAGUGAUAGAAAGGAAAGAUGCUGAAACAACCAAGUUGCAGGAGCAGUAUGACACUUUGAAGAACAUAGCAGCUGCUCAAGGUACUGUCAUUAGGAACAUGAAGUUGAAGCUAGCAAGAGAGAAGAAGAAUUUGCAGAUCCACAUUGAUGAGCUCAAGAAGACAAUUGAAGAGAGCAAUGUGAAGCUGGAGGGGAUCAAGGCCAUCAUAAAUGGAUAAGCAAUGCAAGAGAAGAAUGGGCAAUAUCAUUUGGCAUUUGCUGACCUUUUGCAGGGUGUGGUUUGGCAUUUGUUGUAAUGAUAGUAGUUUAAAUUCUAUUAACUAUAAGUACUCCUGAACUAUGGAUAUGUAAUCUUAAGUAAGAUGUUUGCAUUUGAACUAGUGUUGAAUGUGGUGCUAUUUGAACUAGUGCUGAAUGUCAAACUAUGAUUAUGUAUGGAGUUGAACUAGUGCUGAAUUUGGUGGUAUUUAGAGCUGGUUAAUGUUAUCUUAA